CUAGUUGGAAACCCAUGAUGUGUUAUUCCGCUUUCUUCACAAUACGAGGUCGCCGACACCUUCUUAAAACGACACUCAAAAUUGUUUGUCUACUUGCAGUAGGGUUUGUGUUGAACCGAAUUAGGCAAAAUGGUCACCAGCAUUAUGAUCAAAAACAAUCUAGGAGUAUGUAUUUAAAAAGUGUUAACUUCUCAGUGGCCUUUGGCCCUCUGCUUCAACCUUUUCCGGACAACUCUUCAGAGACUGGAGGCAAAAUAAAAGAAAAGAGAACUAGUUACUCUGCUGAUACUGAGAGGAAAAACUCCUCGGUGGGAAUUAGCCAAGAAGAAAUCAACUUCAUGGCUGAAUAUAUUCAAGUCCACUUUGAAUUUCUAUCAAAGACAAAAGCAAUGAUUACAAUUUCUAAUAAUGGUGCUAAAACUAUCAGGAACCAUGGAUGGACUAUAUACUUUUCCUUGAAUGUGUGGUUUCACCCACAUUUACAACAAGUUGGUGUUGAGAAACAUAACACCCUUACUUUUGGACAUGUUGUGGGACAUGUGUAUAAGAUUGAACCUGUUAAUUAUAGCAAUUCCUUUUCACCUGGAGCUUCCCUCAAAUGCUCAAUUACAUCAUUACCAAUUUUUCUUUGGUCUCGCUAUAUAGUAUCACCCAACUGGUAUGUUGCUUCCAAUGGUCUAGAACCAAGAACAAUAAUUGCUACAGCUAAUGAAGACCUCUCUUUUGUUUCUACAUCUGAUCCAUUGAGUAACAGUCGCCCUGGUGUAGAUGGUUCAAAAGAUUUGGGACAUGCCCCUUUAGGGGUUAUUCCUUCACCAUCUGAAAUAUCAAGAAAUAAGUACCCUCGGUCAGUCUCUAUUAACAAGGAAUGGACAGUGUCUGGAGACAAGCAGUUACAGAACGAAUUGAAAUUUUUGUCAGAUAACCUUGGAUUAAAAGUAUCUCCGUCCUUCGAUCCAAGUUCAAAAACCAUUUUAUUGACUCUGGCACCAACAGCUUUGCAAUCAAACCAGGAUCGGUUUUCCUCCACUGCAAACGAUUCAUACAGUCUUGAAAUAGAUGAUUCCAAGGAAUUGAUCUCCAUAACUGGCCAAGGCGCUAGUGGGGUGUUUUACGGUAUUCAGACUCUGUUGGCACUCGUGAACGAAAGUGGCCAAAUUACAGCGGUUUCUAUCAAAGACUCUCCUCGUUUUUCGUACCGCGGGUUCAUGGUGGACGUUGCUCGUAAUUUUCAAUCCAAGCAGGAAAUAAUGAAGGUGCUGGACGCCAUGGCAAUGUAUAAGAUGAACAAGUUUCAUUUUCAUUUGUCGGACAGCGAGGGAUGGAGACUAGAAAUUCCUGGACUCGAAGAGUUAACAACAAUUGGAUCAAGGAGAUGCUUCGAUUUGCAAGAGAAGAAAUGCAUUAUGACGCAACUCGGCUCAGGCGUCGAUACGAGCACCUCGGGCACUGGGUACUACUCUACUGAAGAUUAUCGGGAAAUACUUCGUCACGCAGCAGAACGCCACAUUCAAGUAAUUCCAGAGUUCGACUUACCGGGUCACAGUCACGCAGCUGUGAAAAGCAUGAGAGCUCGUUUCGACCGACUUGUACAGGAAGUGGGGAAAGAAGAGGAAGCGAAGAGAUUUCUUCUCAGUGAUUUUAAUGACAAAUCUUCGUAUACCACCAUGCAAGGUUUUAGUGAUGACGCCGUUAAUCCUUGUUUAAAAUCCACUUACACAUUUCUCGAUUUCAUUUUAUCAACUUUAUCUCGUCUCCAUAGUGACAUACAGCCGCUGACCUUUUAUCACUUUGGAGGCGACGAGGUUCCUAAUGGGGCCUGGUUGGACUCCCCAGAGUGUCAGAAGACGGAACAUAGGUUAACCAAACGAUACUUGAUGAACAUUUUUGUGGAACGUCUUUCCCGUAUCACACUUAAGCACGGUCUAGAUAUUGGAGGCUGGAGCGAUUCAUUUACCAACAUUGCAGACGGGGACAUGGGCAUCGGGUUGAAAAGGAAUAUAAUUAAGAAUAAAAACGCUGUGGCGUAUUUUUGGGGAGCUGAUUUUGAAGAUGGUCGUGUUGACCCCCGCAAGGUUUCUCUACUUUGAUCAUUCACAAGAACAUGACUUUAAUGAACGGGGCUUAAACUGGGCAGAAAAAUAUACUGACAUCAAAAAGACAUUUGGAUACUCACCGCCUGGCAAUCAAAAUAUUCUUGGUAACGUAGUUUCUUUUCCUUCUACCCUAACAUCUACAGACAACUAUGGAACCACCAUUUCAUUGUCACGAGAGCGAUUAGAAGGAACGAUGUGGGGUGAAUUGAUCCGUACCGCUGACCAGAUGCACAGCAUGAUUUUUCCUCGACUAUUGGCUGCGGCUGAACGCGCGUGGCAUAAAGGAUCUUGGGAAGACCUAAGGGGCGAGGAAAGGCAAAAGCAACUAGAUGAAGACUGGGUCAACUUUGCCAACACGCUCGGUCACAGGGAACUGGUUCGACUUGAUAAGAUGGAUGUACCGUACCGCGUACCACCUCCAGUAGCGAGAGUUGUCUGCAAAGCUGCUUGCAAUAAGUUACACGUGACAACUGAGCUGCCUGGCCUUAAAGUUGAAUACUCCAAAGAUGAUGGUCUAACGUGGAAUGACGUCAAACCGGAAACGGAAGUGAACGAAAAGAUAAAGCUCAGGACCAGAUCGGCCGACCAAAACCGGUUUAGCAGAGUGAUCUACUUAGACCCGUUUAAAAGCUAAAUGGAAAAGUUACCACAGUGAUGCUGCGUUGAUGGUGCCAAUUCUGGAGGACCUUACAACACUCUCCUUUCAGUAGAUCUCGUUUAUCUCGGUUAGCGGAGACACCUUUGUCGUUGCUUCAAGACUGAGCAAGUACCAGCUUGAAAAGAAACACAAAUAUAUUUAGGGUUAGGCAUAAUCAGCACCGACUGAUAUGGAUGACAGAAGAACUGCCCACGCAUUUGAGGAAAACGCACUGAAAGGGAGGAAUGAAAAGCAAGAGGCCCGCGAUGCAAAUCUUGGAAGAGCACAAAACACGGAUAGAUCGAAGU